AUGGAUUCACAUGGACGAAAAAUUAUAAUAGUUGAUAAUGGCACUGGGUUUGUGAAGUGUGGUUAUGCUGGGACAAACUUUCCUGCCCACAUAUUUCCUUCUGUGGUGGGACGUCCAUUAGUGCGAUCGACACAAAAAGUUGGCAACAUUGAAGUUAAGGAUCUUAUGGUCGGUGAAGAGUGUACUCAGUUGCGACAAAUGUUAGAUUGCAGUUAUCCCAUGGAGAAUGGCAUCGUCAAAAAUUGGGAUGAUAUGGGACAUAUAUGGGAUUACACUUUUGGUCCUGAGAAGCUUGAUAUUGACCCAAAGGAUUGCAAAUUAUUGCUGACGGAGCCUCCUUUGAAUCCUAACAGUAAUCGUGAGAGAUUAUUCCAAGUCAUGUUUGAACAGUAUGGUUUCAGUUUUCUCUAUGUUGCUGUGCAAGCAGUAUUAACAUUGCAUCAUCAAGGGUUACUCACAGGUGUUGUGAUUGAUAGCGGUGAAGGCGUGACUCAUAUUUGUCCUGUAUAUGAAGGCUAUGCUUUGAAUCAUUUGACGCGUCGUUUAGAUAUAGCAGGACGUGAUAUAACUCGUUAUUUAAUUAAGCUUUUGUUAUUACGAGGUUAUGCGUUUAAUCACACUGCGGAUUUUGAAACUGUCAGAUUGCUAAAAGAAAAGCUGUGUUACGUUGCUUAUGAUAUUGAAAGAGAACAGCGCUUGGCUCUUGAGACUACAGUUCUUACAGAAUCAUAUACCUUACCAGACGGUCGAGUUAUUCGGGUCGGUGGUGAACGGUUUGAAGCACCUGAAGUAUUGUUUCAACCUCAUUUAAUCAAUGUGGAAAGAUCGGGUCUUAGUGAAUUACUUUUUGGAGUUAUACAAUCUGCUGAUAUUGAUACUCGACUUGAAUUUUACAAACAUAUUGUGCUGUCGGGCGGUACGACAAUGUAUCCUGGUCUUCAAAGUCGUUUAGAACGUGAAUUAAAACAGCUUUAUCUUGAUCGAGUUUUGAAAGGAAACACUGAAGCAUUUAAGAAAUUUAAAAUUCGAAUUGAAGCUCCUCCGAGAAGGCAACAUAUGGUGUUUCUUGGUGGUGCUGUGCUGGGAAAUAUCAUGAGGGAUCGUGAUACUGAUUUUUGGAUUUCCAAAAAGGAAUAUGAAGAAGGAGGUAUUGAACGAUGUUUGAAAAAACUAGGCACCAGGUAA